AUGGUCUGUACCAACGGCGUGUCCGACAAGCCGAUCUACUACUUUGGUAUUGAGCUCGAGAUGUUUGCCAUCUUCAAGUCUGGCGACUCCCGUGAAAUAACUACAGAAAUUAAUGCGCGGGACAAGCUGAUCAGAGCAGCCGACGAGAUUGUUCAGCUCUACAAUGAAGCUAUCUCUGGUGGUUCUCCUCCAGGCGAAGUGGGCGUUAAGUAUCCAGUUAUGAUACGUCCUCCCUGGGGUACAGAAAUCGUGGAGUCAUAUCCUACUCGUUGGGAGAUAAAUUGUGUCUGGGAAAUUCACGACGACCGCAGUCUAUACAUGUUCGGAGUUGAACAGUGUGAUGGCUGGCCUGUGGAAUUUGCGUCACCUAUCUUUGACUAUUCGAACAUGUUGUCCGGUAACGGCAUUGUUGACGGGCCUUAUGUGUAUCCAUGGCUAAAUUCUAUCAAGAAACUUUUCAGUGUUCUUCACGAGAACACAAUCGUUCUCGCUGAUGACGAGUGCUCCCUGCAGGUCAGUGUGUCAGCCAACGAAUACUAUGGAUGGGAGAAUUUGGAUCAAGUCAAGUCCUUAGCAAAAUCCAUUCUCUAUUUCGAGGGAGCUAUCCGGUCGUUCUUGCCUUAUCACCGGAGAAACACCGCUUAUGCCAAGUGGAACGGGUUGCUCACACGAAUAACCAGUACAGUAGCCCGUUGGAAUCCCCAUUUCGAGAAUACUUCGGGGAUAGAAUCACGCAUUGCACUAGUCGAUGCUUGUACCGACGUCGAGGGACUUGUGGAACUCAUGAACAAUGGAACAAAGCGUUGGAGUUGGAAUUUUACCAAUUUAGAAGCCGACGCAGACUCCGACUUGAUCCGCGGCCGCGUUGAGUUCCGUAGCCCCCCUGCCGUUGACGACUGGCGUGAAUGCGUAGCAUGGAUUCAUUUUGCAAUCGAAUUUGUGCAUGCAUCAAUUUCAAUGAAAGCAACUAUACGUCGCCUGGGUGCUUUCGGGCGUGACUCGAAGGGGUUGGUGAGAUUCAUUGAUUCUGUCGCUCCCCUGAUGUCGGCUGAUGAGAAAGCGGCCUAUCGUCGUGAACUGGGAUUACUCGAACAUUGA